UCUCGGUCGCCCAGAAAUCCAGGCCUGUUGUACCGCAGCGGAAGAGGGUGUCUCUGCUCCGUCUCCGAUCUCGCCUCCGCCGCGAAUCCCCCCCAAACCGCGAGCAGAUUCGCGCCGGACUCGCGACGAUUUUUGAUGAGAUAAGCCCUCGGCCACCUCGGGGUUCGCGAUGCUGCGGAAGGCGGCCGUCGGGUUCCUCGCCUGCCUCGUGCUCUACCUCGCCUUCUCCUCCUACCUCCGUAGCCAGAGGGCUGCAUAUGUUCAGUUACCAGCGGUUACUCACAGGGUAUACCUGGACGUGGAAAUUGAUGGCCAAAAUAUAGGUAGAAUUGUUAUUGGUCUUUAUGGGGAAGUGGUGCCAAAAACAGUUGAAAAUUUUAGAGCCCUUUGUACAGGUGAAAAGGGCGAUGGGCCCAAGGGUAAACCUCUUCACUAUAAAGGAACACCAUUUCAUCGAAUCAUCCCAGGUUUCAUGAUUCAGGGUGGUGACAUAGUUAGAGGUGAUGGGAAAGCAAGCGAAUCUAUAUAUGGAGGCACCUUCCCAGAUGAGAAUUUCAGUGUGAAACAUACACAUCCAGGUGUUGUUGCCAUGGCAAAUUCUGGAACUGAUUCCAACGGAUCCCAGUUCUACAUAACCACAAUCAAGACAGGCUGGUUGGACGGGGAGCAUGUAGUCUUUGGCAGGGUGAUUCAGGGAAUGGAUUAUGUCUACGCCAUUGAAGGGGGCGCAGGCACUUACAACGGCAAGCCGAGGAAGAAGGUGCUGAUCACUGACUCUGGUGAGAUACCCAGGGAGAAAUGGGGCGAGGAAGCAGACUGAGUCAUAGCCUAGUGGUGGAAAGGGGUUGAUGCCUUCCCACCCACCCAGGUUCAAGGCAUAGUAAUUGCAAUUUUGGUUCGUUGCACCAAUCAUACUGUAGGGGUCUCCCUUAUAGUCUUUCUGUCAAAAAGAUGGAUUUUGACACCGCGCGCUUCCGUGACCGGUUUUCUUCGCACACCAGCCGUGCUUCGAGCAGAGUUCUGAAUGUUGUACAUUGUAGCCAGCGUAUCACAUGCCAAAACCUACUUGUAUUUGCAUGAAUCUUAGCGUAAAAUCAAUGACAUAGGACUUUUUCUUGAAA